AUGCGGUCGUUCUUGCGCUCCAAAAACUUGAUGUACUCCACGCUCUUGGUGAGAAUGGUGCCCUUGUUGAGCUUGCGCGCCGGCUCCAAGCCUUCAAGGUCCUCGUGCGCCUCGAGGUCCGGCGAGUACUCGUACUCGUCGUCGUCGUCCUCGUCGUCCGAGCGCGUCUUGGACUUUUUGCGCGCAAGCACUCGUAGCGUGGGCACGGCGUUCUGGAGCGCCGUGAACUUGUCGUUGAUUUUGUUGCGGUACCGCUGCUCAAUCACGUUGUGGGCGGACUUGGUGCGCGGGCGCGCGGCCGCUGCCUGCGGCCCGCCAUUAGGCCCGCCAUUGGGCCCGUGGGGCGCGCCAUUGGCAAGGCCAUUAGGCGCGCCGUUCCCGGGCGGCCCGUUGGGCGUGGCCAGCUCGCGCAGCGACGGCUGGUCGUCGCGCCACUCGCGCUUCACCGGCAUCAUGUUGAGGAGCGGGCUGCCAAACGCGUUGUAG